UCCCUCAUCCUACCCGCCAUCUCUAUGAGCAAAUACAGAUGGCAUCUAAGAGAAACGGAUGAUUGUACGCUUAUCUUACGGAAAUAUUUAGCUUUUUGACAAAAGCUUGUGUGUCUGUUUUCGCCUAAUUAUACAGUCAACAAAGGAGGACAUAUGAUAUACUCCUAUCAAAGAGAAUGAGACUCCAGUGACAUUAUGUUGUGACUUCUCAGUUUUAGCUGUAUGGUCUGUCUGUUACUAGAGGAGUGCUUAUUUUAAGUUAUUUCAAUGGAUGUCGAAAGCCCCAUUAACUUGCACAAGAAAAGGAGGAAAUUCACCGAUCUCAAGAACCUCUCUAUUCCCUUUAUAUCAGGUAGAACUUUAUUCCCUUUAUAUCAGGUAGAGUUCUAUUCCCUGUAUAUCAGGUGUCUGUUGUACAACUAGACAAAUAGAUUUGUUCAUCAUUUUUACAAUCACUGAUCUUUCCAUUGAAUAUGAUAACAAACAAACAAAUAUUGGGAAUCUAAGAGAGUGACCUCAGUCUACUUAUCAGAACAUUCGGUCAUUUAUUUGACUACUUUAGAAACACUACAGUAGUUGUAAUUAAUCGUAAAUAAAGUAAAAACAAACCUCUUCCAUUUUUUCUUCCAGGCUUUGUGGUUUGUCUUGGUAGGAACUUGGAAACUCUACAUGAGAAAUUUGCUGAUUAUCAGGUGGAUCUGGCAGGUGUCUUCUCUCGAGUAUUUCAGUACCGUGACUGUCAACUACUACUAUAUAUAUGCCAUGAAGAUUGUACCUGAGUAUUCACAACAGGCAAGUCGUUAGCAAUGAAGCUAAGCCCUUUUUUCGCCUUGAUUUUACUGGUGCAGAGCACCACUAUUCUUUCUGUUGCUGCAGACUAUUCCGCAGAAAUAUCUCAGUAUGGCGGCAACACUCCUCCGCCUGUUACCAGCCAACCACCACCUUCUCAAGGCUAUCAACCGCCUAGUGCUCCAACUACACCACCUCCGAGUCAUGGACAUGUACCAUCGCCAGGGCAUGCUCCACCUCGCCACGCCCACCCACCACCUUCUCAUGGUCAUGUACCACCAUCUGUUGGUAGUCCUCCACCGCAUAGAGGACAUUUACCACCCCCGUCUCCUGUGAGCUCUCCACCACCAUCUUAUGGUGCUCCUUCACCCUCUCAUGGUGGUGGUCAUCCGCCAUCUCAGGGGCAAAGCCCGCCUUCACCUUCUCAUGGACAUGCACCACCUACUAGAGGGCACGCGCCACGUGGAAGAGAUCAUCCACCAAGCCAUCAUCAUCCUUCACCUCCGAGUCAUCAUGGACAUCCUCCACCACCAACUCAAUCGCCUCCUCCACCUACAUAUGCACAACCACCACCAACACCAAUUUUCUCACCUCCUCCUCCUCCUCAAGUGCAACCUCCACCACCAACCUAUUCACCUCCUCCACCUACAUACUCACAACCAUCACCAUCGCCACCGCCAAACUCGCCGCCUUCACAUGGACAUCAACCACACCCACCCACCCAUCGACAUGCACCACCUACUCAUCAACGUUCACCCCCAACACAUAGACAUCCACCACCGACUUCCUCACCUCCUCCACCAACACACUCACAACCAUCACCAUCGCCAUCGCCACCUUCACGUGGACAUCAACCAAAACCACCCACCCAUCGACAUGCGCCACCUACUCAUCAUCGUUCACCACCAACACAUGGCCAUCCACCACCUUCUCCUAUUAGGCAGCCACAACCACCAACUUACUCACCUCCUACACCUCCACCUGCACAAUCACCACCACCUCCACCAACAUACUCCCCGCCUCCACCUACAUACUCGCCCCCGCCACCUCCACCAACAUACUCACCUCCUCCGCCUACACAAGCACCACCGCCUCCACCAACUUACUCCCCUCCUCCACCUUCACAAUCACCACCUCCACCAACAUACUCUCCUCCUCCGCCUGCACAAUCACCACCACCUCCACCAACAUAUUCCCCUCCUCCCCCUACACAGUCACCACCACCACCAACGUCCCCUCCUCCCCCUGCACAGUCGCCACCACCACCACCAACGUCCCCUCCUCCCCCAGCACAGUCGCCACCAACCCCUCCUCCACCUACAUACUCGCCUCCUCCAUCAAGUCCUACUUAUGGCCAGCCACCACCACCAACUACAUAUUCACCCCCUUCUCCCCCUCCAUAUGGGCUUCAACUAAGCACUCCAUAAACUACACCAUCCAGCCCACAAACAAAUCUGCCACCUUCUACGUACCAUGGCCUAUCGGCGCCACGUAUCUCAAAUACACCAUAGAGUUGCAUUUAGUUGCUAGUUGUUCUUUAGAUUAAUAUAACAAUGGUCUGGUGUGUUUCUUAAUGUUCUCUUACCAGAAUUGAGCAGUUAUAAAGUUCACUAGUUUCUUUGUUGUUUUACUGUAAGAGAACAGCUCUGCUUUCAAUAUCCUGUAAUAAAAGUGCUGUUGAAGCUUUGAUUAAG